CAGAGAGGAGAGAGGGGCGCCCAUUCGGACGGUCCAAAAGUGUCUUUAAACCUGGAGCGUGAAAGGAGAUCAAGAAUUGCCCGUCUCAUCUUUUCCCAUUAUUCUUUUCUAUCCUCUUCUCUCUCCUUCAUCAGUGCUUCUAUAUGGGUUGCUGCUGAUACAGCGUGGACUGGGACAGACUAGGGAUUCGUGAUGGUUGUGGCUCUGGAUGCAGUGUGGGUGAGGGUGAAGGGGGUGUGCAAACAGAAUGGACUCCUCAUCCUGUCCGUGUUGGCUGUGGUCAUAGGAUGCCUGCUGGGCUUCUUCCUACGGACUAAAAGGCUCACAGAGCAGGAAGUGAAGUAUUUCCAGUUCCCUGGAGAGCUGCUGAUGAGGAUGUUGAAGAUGCUCAUCCUUCCGCUUGUUGUGUCCAGUCUGAUGUCAGGGCUAGCGGCCCUGGAUGCUAAGUGUUCCAGCAGACUGGGCCUUAUCACCGUGUCUUACUACCUGUGGACCACUUUCGUGGCGGUGGUGGUGGGCAUCAUCAUGGUGUCUGUCAUCCACCCUGGAGGAGCAGCCCAGAAGGAGGACUCUGAGGACAGCGGAAAGGCCAUCAUGAGCUCUGCCGACGCCCUGCUUGACCUCAUCCGCAACAUGUUUCCAGCCAACUUGGUUCAAGCCACAUUUCAACAGUACCGGACGAGAAGUGUUCCCAUUAUGAAAACACCGAAGGCCACAGUGAGUCAGAGUCUAUCAGAAUCCACCACACGGCGAGCACUUAUCUACGGUAUCCAGGACGAUAAUGGAACAGAGUUCCAGAAUUUCUCCCUGGACCUGACUCCUCCCCCAGAUGUAUACUUCAAAACACUACCGGGAACCAGUGAUGGAAUGAACGUCCUUGGAAUUGUGAUCUUCUCAGCCACCAUGGGUAUAAUGCUGGGCAGGAUGGGGCCUAAUGGCAGCGCCUUGGUCAACUUCUGCCAGAGCCUAAACGAGGCUGUCCUGAAGAUCGUUGCUAUCGUCAUCUGGUACUUCCCAUUCGGCAUUGUGUUCCUGGUGGCCGGUAAGAUCCUGGAGAUGAGCGACCCGUCAGCCAUGGGUAAGAAGCUGGGCUUCUACGCUGUCACGGUGGUCUUCGGUCUGAUCCUCCAUGGGCUCUUCAUCCUCCCGGCCAUGUACUUCUUCAUCACCAAGAAGAGCCCCAUCGUUUACAUCAGGGGCAUCCUGCAGGCCCUGCUCAUCGCCCUGGCAACAUCCUCCAGCUCUGCCACGCUGCCUAUCACCUUCAAGUGCCUCCUGGAGAACAACCACAUCGACCGACGCAUUAUCCGCUUCGUGCUCCCAGUGGGCGCCACCAUCAACAUGGACGGGACGGCGCUCUACGAGGCCGUGGCAGCCAUCUUCAUCGCCCAGGUCAAUAACUACGAGCUGGACUUUGGACAAAUCAUAACCAUCAGCAUCACAGCCACAGCAGCCAGCAUCGGUGCUGCAGGAAUUCCACAGGCUGGUCUGGUCACCAUGGUGAUCGUGCUAACAUCAGUUGGGUUGCCAACUGAUGAUAUCACUCUCAUCAUUGCAGUGGAUUGGGCAUUAGACAGAUUCCGGACCAUGGUGAAUGUUAUGGGGGAUGCAUUGGCUACAGGUAUCAUGGCCCACAUCUGCAGAAAAGACUUUAUCAAGGAAGGAGAUGGUGUGCCUCUGAUCUGUGAGACCAAGCCCAUGAUAAACAUCCAGCAACAUACGAACUGUGAGAACAACAACGGUAGCACCCAGCCGCCGCCCCAGGGGUCAGGGGUCAAACCAGACGCCUUCCCCCCCGACGUGGCCCGCCUCAUGCAGCUGGAGGAAGGGGUGCGGCCCCCGCCCCCUCCGGAGAGGAAAAAGCCCCCCGUGCCUCCCAGGCAGCUGAAGAAGGAUAAGGACCACUGUGCCAUUGACAUGAAUGGCCUGGAGACCAACGUAUAGGUCCCAUACCUCACCUCACAUCACCACCACUCAUCCCAGCAGGACUGAUGUGGAAAGCUCCACAGUCCAUCACCAGUUGGAGGCGCUCUUUUUCAACUGAGUCUCGCCGUUCAGUAGAUCAGAAUGAAAGGCCAACGCCACUGGAACUUAUAGAGGUGAAGAUGGAUGAACAGAUGAACAGAGAGAGCAAUGAUGGAUCCCAUCUUAUUUUUAUUGUUAUUGUUGACUGAUCGAGUGAUUCCUUUUUAUUUCCUGUUUUGUUUGUGAGAAACAUGAGAUUUGUGACAAGACUGCUUUCAUGGAUGGUGGAUAUAGGGAGCGAGCACAGGGAUGGGGGAGUAUAGGCUUCUCUGAAACCUGACAGUGAUGUACUGGGAAAUAAUUAUUUUCCAGGACACAACACUAGCUGGGAUAAGUGAAGCACUGUGACAGUGGAUUGUUAUGGCCAAAAGGAGGACAUUCUGUAUUUGCUAUUCACUUUCCAGACCACCUGUACACACUGUUCACUU